AUGGUAUUUGAAAUUGGGACCAUUGUAUUGGCAAAAGUCAAAGGCCAUCCUUGGUGGCCUGGCACGGUUGAAAAUUAUAAGGAGCUACCAGAAAAUAUUAUUAAAAGAAAACGAAUAGGUCGAGAUGGUCGAGACUUGAUUCCUAUAAAAUUUAUUGGAUCGUCAGACUAUGGUUUGGUUAUGGAAGGCAAUCUUAAACUAUUUACAAAUGAGGAUGCUAAUGGUAUAUUAAAAAAGCAUAAAAAAAAUAGCAGAUUGGUCGGGGCGAUCAAUAAAGUGCAAGAAAAUUUAGCAUCAGAAAAAAACAAGGCUACCAGUAGUAGUAAAAUUGAACAGCUCAAAAUUGCUGAUCCAUACAGAAGAUAUUAUAGCAAUAGUAGCAAUAGGAACAAGAUUAAAUAUGGUAGGAGGAAACCAACAAACGAAAUUCAAAAUAAUUCAAUUGUUAAUAAUGAUAAUAGUAGUAAUAGAAGAACUAUAAUGAGAAAUGAGAAGGAAGAAGAAGAAAAAGUUAAGGAAGUCAAUCACAAUAAUAAUAGUGAAAAUAGGGUUGGUGACAACCAAGUCAGUGCUAAUAAAAUUGGGCCCAAAAGAGGUCGUAAACCAAAGAGAAAAAAUAUAAAAAAGCAUAAUAAAUCUUCUGGACAAAAUAUUGGUGGUGGUGAUAUUGCUGUUGUUAAUGCUGUUAACAGAAAAAACAAAAAACGAUCACGUGCUGAUCUAUCUGAUGAUGAGAAGGAGGAAAUGGACAAUAAUAGUAUUGUCGAGCGUAAAAUUAAAAGAAGAAACAUUACUACUUCUGAAGCUGAAGUUCCUGUUAUUAGAAAAUCCUUGAGACUUCAAAAUGUUAAUACGAAUGGAAAAGUCGCGAAAGAGCUUAAAGAAACAGACAAAAUAAUAACAACAACUACUACCAAUGGAAAUCAAAAGGGACAGACACAAUUAGCAGAUAAAAUUGUUAGAGAUGAUAAGAGAUUACUUCAUUUAAGACAUAUAUUGCAAAAAUUAGCACUUCGAGAUGAAAAAGAUGAGGUUGAGUUGAAAAUAAUCGAUGAGGCAAUUAAAGAAGUUGAGAACUCAUUCAUAACGAUUGAAAUUUUAAAGAAAAGUAAAAUGGGCAUUGUGAUGAGAAUGAUUUCUGAAAAAUCAUUUAAUGAAGAUCAUUAUAAGAUUGUUGAAAGAUCCCAGAAUCUUGUAAAUAAAUGGAAGGAAAUGUUAUCAAAACAAUUUCCAGAAGAGAAUUUAUCUUUUAAAAAUGAAGAAUCACAAAAAGAAGUAUCAUCUUCUCUAGCAUCAUAA